AAAUGACACAUUUUAACAGGAAGUAACUACAUUGUAUACAGUAUUAGGCCAGGAAAGAAUUAUGUAAAGUCUAACAGUGAUAUUCAGCAUUUUUCAUCAAAGUUUUUUGCGCAAUGAUGUUCUGUCAAUUUGUGUUGUUUAUCUGCAUUAGUUGUGUCAGUUCGUAUGUGUUACCGAAACAUUGUAAUAUUACAUUAACAAAAAAGUUAGUAAGAUGCAACUGCAGCUCAAGGAAUUUAACAUUUAUACCAACAGAUUGUCCACCAAACACAACAGAUUUAUAUUUGUCUAAUAAUAACCUGAACAUUAUAGCUAGGAAAACUUUUACUAAAUAUACACAGCUUAGAUAUUUGGAUAUAAGUGAUUGUAAUGUGACCUCAAUCGACAAAUCAGCUUUUGAUAAUUUGCCACAUUUAAAAGAACUGAGUUUAGUCGAUAACCCAAUGAAAAGUUUUCAAAGAAACGUAUUUGAAGCACUUGAUGAGCUCCAAGUACUACAUAUAUCACAUGAUUUGCUGUCAACGUAUCUAAGAGAGUCGUGGUUAGAUUUUCUUAAUAUCACAAAAGUGUUUUGUUAUGGUGGGCCGUCAAAUGGAUCAUUUGCGGAAAUAUUUUCUGUCAUGAAAAAUCUGAAGUACUUACAUAGUGAGAUUCAAAUUCAUGUUUUACGUAACUGUACGUUUCAUGCCUUUGAAAAAACGCCAUUAAGAUAUCUAAAGAUAAAAGGCAAAUUAAUGAGGAUAGAAACAGAUUCUUUUUUGCCUGUAAGAUUUCUAUCUAGUCUUGUUAUUCCAGAUGCACGUUUUCUAAAACUAUCGAAUACUUUGCCAGCUUUGCACGUGUUUGAAAAUCGACAAAUGAAUGAACUGGAUUUGAACAAUAAUUUUAGAGUGCAUGGUGAAUUCAUUAUAACAACUGAAUUAUUUGCAUAUAUCGGUAAUAUUUGUGUAAAAAAAUUAUCUUUGACCUUCAAUGGUAUAAGAAUGAUAGAUGCAGUUGCUUUUCAGAACAUGAAAUACAAACAUUGUCUUGAAAAUGUAAACUUAAGUAACAAUGACUUUGAUUCUCACCAGCUUUACACAAUAUGGUAUUUUAAUUUGUUUACACAUCUGAAGAGAUUAGACAUGUCUAAUAUCAACAAUCAAUUUAAUAAAAAUAAAGUAAAGAUAGAUGGAACAGGACGUACACUUGAUAAGACUGAUCUAACUGAUAACAAAUCCUUAUACAUUAUUCCUUCAUCAAGUCCUCAAGAUAUUGUACUAUGGUUUCCUUUGCCAUUUGAAUUCCUAAACAUAUCCUGUAUCGACGUAAUAGGGAAUUCAAUCAACAGCCUUACAUUGAAAGGACUCAAACACCUGCAACUGCUUGAUUUAGCAUACACAUCAUUGUAUGACUGCAACUACACUAUUAACGGAUUGCAGUACGUGAAAGUACUAAAUAUAUCACACUUCAAAUGCAGCCUUUUAAAUCAUAAAUUGCUCCAAUCUGGCGUCAAUUUGGAGCAGUUGAUAAUGCAAAGUUCUUCACUAAGUAUUGGCCUCAAAGGUGAUCAUCAAAGUAUGUUCCUCCAUGGACUCAAACGUUUGAAGCAUAUCGACUUUGCAAGAAAUGCAUUUAAAGAUCGAUUCAGAAUAUCAACAUUUAAAAAUCAAUUAGACAUUUUGCAAUCUUUGAUACUUGAAGGAAAUUUAUUCACGAGUAUUCCAUUACGUGUAGACGACUUUAACCGACUAAGUGUCCUUAACGUCAGAAACAACAAGAUAGCCUAUUUGACAACCAAGGAAAUUGACGCCAUUGAAGUGCUCUUUGAAAAAUCAAAUAGAACAAUGACAGUCUUAUUAGAGGGAAACCCUCUUGUCUGUAGUUGCAUCUCGUUAGAUUUUGUAGAAUGGUUAUUUACUACUAAAGUGAAACUUGACAGCAAUGGUAGUUAUUCGUGUGUCAAAAAAGAUGGAUAUAUUACAACAACAAAUGCUGUUUACAAUCACUUGCGAAUUAUACGAAUAAGUUGUAUCACAACAUCAUGGGUUAUUUUUUCCGUCACAUUAUUUGCUGUGCUUCUUUUCUUCAUUCUAGUUGGAUAUCGUUACAAGUUACACCUACAAUAUUUUUGUUUAUUUAUCGGAAUGGCCAAUCCACUUUUCCGUAAGUCAAAAGAAGAAGCACUUGAAUAUGAUGCAUAUGUAGCGUAUUGUGAUAGUGAUUACAAAUGGGUAUAUGGACCUUUGCGCUUAUUUCUUGAAGAGAGACGAAAUUAUAAACUUCUUUUGUCUGAUAGAGGCGAUGGAGAUGUACAUCCUGGCCAAAAUAGACUUGCCAUAAGCAAUUCAAUUUCAAAAUGCAAAAAGAUAAUCUUAGUGAUUUCAAAUGAGUUUGUUAACAAUGAAUGGGCAAACUAUGAAGCUAAUGUUGGAAUUGAACAUUUCCUUGGAUUACAAGCAAGAAUAAUUGUUAUAAACUUAGAAAGUGUAACCAAAACAGAAAUACCGCAUUGUGUACUGCAUAUGAUGUCAUUGGAUGCCAAUGACCACAUUCGCAAAACAGACACAUUAAAUGAAAAUAACAUUUUCUGGAAAUGUCUGGAUAAAGCAAUGAAACGUUGAAAGGAAAUUAUGCCAUUUAUGAAUAAUAAUAAUGAUAACUUUUACAUUGAAUAUGUCUGGAUAUCCCAAUAACUUGGGAAUGUAAUGAGACAAAAAAGACAAAAUCAUCAAUAUGAUACAUUUAUUACCUUUUUGUUUCAUUCGGAACACUAACACCUCAGAAAAAUAACUGCUAAGGCAAUUUUAAAACAUUUCUUAAAUCAUGGCGAGUAUAAAUAUCAUAGUGAUUUGGAAGUUGUUAUUUAUUAAUGACAAAACAUAGAAAGGAUACUAGGAAGUUCACAAAAUAUUGGACAACAGAUAAAAAUAACCGUCAACAACCAAAUCGUUCUGGAAAAAAAUACGAAUAACAAACAUCAACAACAGAAUAUUAUAAUUGGUUUCUUUUUGUGUGCUUUUUCUUCUUCGAAUUUGGAAUUGUUUGCCCUUCCGUGUUGCUUUGUAUAAGGUUUUCUUUGUUGGGUUUUGUAGAUUGUUGUUUGUCUUUUAGUCAUUUGUUUUGACAUGUCAUUGUCAUUUCGUUUUGGACUUGUGUGUUUGACAAUCACAUCUUGGGCAGGAUCUGCUAACAUAUCCGAAGCAUCUGAGAUCAUCAUCCAUGUAUUGCUGGAGUUUGGUAUACUGAGUAUUUAGUUUUUAGCUAAAAUAUUUCAAUUCAAUAUUUACGCCAUAUAGUUGGUUUAAUAUUAAGUGAUUUGAUAUGGUUAUUCAUUUUAAAAUACAUUUGAAGUUUAAUGGGAUUUACAAAAAAAACAUAUUAACCACCAACAUCCCAGUGCCCGGCGAAUAUAAAUGAACAAACAUAGAAAGAAUUAAAAACCAAUUGUUCAGAGAACAAUUGAAGGUCUUUCCACCCGAAACGAUAUAUUUUGAUGUGAAAAAUAUUAAAACUCGGUUAGAAAUGUAAUUUUUAGCGCCAAAUGAGAGCUUAUUAUACGCUGAAUUUAAAAAUAUAUGGUUUCUAUACAUUUUUGUGUGAAAUAAGGGAGAUAAUUUGUUACUUCCGGUUUGAAAAAGGCACUUCCGGUAUCAUUUGAUAGUUUACUUGACAACGAUUCCAAAAAUAUAUGGUUCUAUGUACUUUAACAUUAAAUAUGGACAAGAAAUAGCUACUUCCGGUUUACAAAAGGUCAUUUGCGGUUAAUUUUUUAAAGGUGAUAUGGCUUGCAACUUAAUGCACAAAGAACCAUAGCUUUAUCAGGCAUACAUUAAAAGUUCAAGCAAAGGUCAAAAUCUAGAACGUCAAAUCAAACUUUGACCUUGACCCCAAUUUUAAGGUCAUGAAACAAGGGCCUCAAAUCAAAACACUCUAGGUCUCUACUAUAUAUUGUUAAUGAGUUAUAUUACCAUACAGCUAAUAUUAGAUAUAAAAGGGGCGAAACUCCCAUUAAAUGUCUACGUACCCUUUCAACUAAAAUUUACGUGUUACGACAUGUCGCAACUAACAAUUCCGUAAAAAUAUUUUGUCGAUAUCUUAUACAAUCUCUGAAAAAAAGUGAUAACAAGCCAAAAUCAAAAUUUAGAAUAUGACCUUGACCUUUGACCUUGACCUUAUUUUCUUUUUUUUGUGGACCGAGGACCUCAAAUAAAAAGACCUCAGGUCUCUAUAAGUUAUGGUUUUUCAGUAACAAAUGCACAUCACUUAUAUCAAAUGCAUAAGGGGAAAUAACUCUCAUAUGGAGUCUCCGGAUAGCUUCGGUCAAAAUUUAUCAAAUCAUCCUGAGGAUUUAACGAGCAUUUUGGUAAAAUAAAUUAGUCAGUUUCCUUUGCGGUUGGGACGUAUAAGUAAUAACAAGAAAAACAGUGUUUGGGGAGGUAACUCUUACAUGGAAAAGUUUUUGGUUACGCGGUGUCAGUUUCAAAAGCGUAUUAACUGUUCGAUAUCAUAUACCAUUUGUCUAAGCGGCAUCUUGCGAAACAAAAAAACAGCGAAGGAAAAAAAUUAGGCGGAAGAAAAAAAAUAAUAAUAAUAAUCAGAAGAAAACCAAUAGGUCUUUCCACGGAAAAGUGGAAAGACCUAAUUACAUGAUUGUUAUUUGGAAAAUAUCACUUUCUAUUGUGAAUGCUUGAUGGCAUGUGAAUUUUGUGUUUGGUAUAAAUUUAUUGUACCAUAAUGCAAUGCAAACAAUAUGCAUUUUUUUGUGUCUAUAAAUGGCCAAGUUUAACAGGAAGUAACUACAUUGCUGCAUACAAUAUAAGGUCAGCGAAGUAUUAUGUGAAGUUAAAAACGUUCUUUGUUGUUUUUUUGUUUUAAAUUCCACUUCCUUAAAUCCAUAUCUAACUCGUUAUAAUUACCUUAUUUAUCAAGUAAAAAAGACACCAACAGGUCGAAAUAGAGGUGGAGCAAGUUCAUCUUACCCCUCCAGAGCACAUGAGAUCAACCCCGGUUUUUGAUAACAAAGUACUGUAAGUUAAACGGAAACGAAAGCCAAUAUAACGGAAAUACACGUUUCAGACUCAAACCCUAUAACAGACUAAGAGGAUGGAAGAAACUUUACAGUGGUGAUACCCCUGUUUUUGACGUCAAUACUCCUUAUGGUCUCCAGUUCAAAGUUUGGUUUGAGUUAAUGCUUUUCCUGUGUAGAAGAGGUCAGGAAAAUUAACGUACAAUGACCAAAGAUACAUUUCGUGUGAAAAAAGAUGCAAGUGGUAUGAAGUAUGUUUACCAAAACAAGGAUGAACUAGACAAAAAUCGUAGGGCCAACACUGAUACAUCUGACUCAGUUACAGAAGAAAGGAUGUACGAGAAGAAAGGUGAUUUGAAAUGUCCAGUAGCUUCUUUUGAAAAUUAUAUUUCAAAAUUGUGUCCAGAUAUUGAAGCUUUAUGGCAAAGACCAAAAGCAUCCUUUGAUGUGGGUGAAUCUCCAUGGUAUUGCAAAUCUCCUCUUGGGAAAAACACUCUGGCUGGUAUGAUGUCUGAAAUAUCUCAUAUUGCUUUAUUGUCUAUGACAUAUACCUACCAGCAUCACAGUAAUGGAUGUAGGAGGGGUAACAGGUCGUCACAUAAUGAAGGUGUCUGGUCACAGAAGUGAAAAUUCAUUAAAAUCCUACUCAAACCGUGUUAGUGAUAAAAAAAGAGGGAAAUAUCUGAUAUUUUGAGCAAGGCAAUCUCUACAAAUAAACAGGAGCAUUCAUCAGAAAUUGAAAAUGUAGUUGUUGAAAAAACUUCUGAAGUACUGCAGCCUAUUCCACCACAGGAACUUUUAGAACUGUUUUCAAAUGAUAUGGAACUGGAAGAAGUUUAUGAAAAUGUCUUGAGUAAUUUGAAUCUAAUGCGGGGUUUGAAAACAAUUAAUAAAUCAUGUGAUAUGAAAGACAAUCGUACACAACCAUUGCAAAAAAGAUGCAUGAAUGUCCAAAUGAAUAAAACCAAUCAGGUUGAGUGUUGUGGGUCAAGAGGAUUUUUUUUCUUCGUUCCAAAAUUUGAAAACUGUUCUGUUAAUGUUACAGUGAACAAUUAUCAAGCCAACUAAGUGAAGCUUAUCCAUGGAAAAUUUCAAAAAUUGUUAAAAAUUGUUAAAAAAAACAAAAAAACAAUACCUUUUGACACUUUAUCACUUUUUUCAAUUACUCAUGAACAUACAUGCACAUGUGGCAAAAACAUUUAAUACUCCAGUAUUCACAUACUUUAUUACAUGACAAUCAUACACAUGUAUUUGUUAUAACUUUUUAUUUUGUUUUGUUGUUAUUGUUGAAAUAAAAAGUUGCAGUUA